UUUCUAUUCCUUAUUUUCUCAGUCUAUCUAUAAUACGUUUUGAACUUAACGGUGACAUUGACGAUCUUGUAUUGAUAAAACUUAUGAUAUAGAAGCUGGACUCUGGGAAUCGGUUGCAGUUGGUACCUGUGAAGAGAAGAGUGGUGAAGCUGGUAGGAAAAGUUGGAAGUGGAAAGUCAAAUCUGAAGAGUGAACCGAUGGCUUCAACAGCUGAGCGUCAGAAUGCAUCAACAGAUGGUGGAAAGCAACGUACAAGUGAAUCUGCAUUAUUCAAAGGCAAUCUCGACAGAGAUUAUGAAUUGAUAACCAGAGCUGUUGUUCAUUGUGGCAGCGGCCAGUGGCAGGAAAUUGGCCUGGAGUUGGGAAUGAACGAAGAUCAGAUUAAGUCAGAAACUCAUGAUAAACCUCGCUACACUGGGAAACUACGCGCUCUGAUUGAAGCAAGAAGAGCGAAAGUAUCCAAAAAGCAGACAAUAGAAGAUUUGUUGAAGGCUUGCCGACAGAUACCUCACCCUAUAUAUGAGGAUGUGAUACAGCAAUGGCAGAAAGGUGAAAUGUUUUACCCAAUGAGUUCGGUACCCAUGGGGCAGCUGUUAUCAGCAGCCACUGUGUGUGAUGGUGCCAAUCCAACCAGGGCUUCAAUUCGAGCUCUAGCCAAAGACAUUGCCAAAUACACCCAGAAAGACCACAUACCAUGUUAA